AUGGCGGUGCGUGAACGCGCAGUAAAAGUAAUGGCUGCUCUGGUUCGGAGGGUGCCUAGCCUCGAUGAUUUUGUGGGUGAAAGCUGGUCGAGCUGGGUGGAGUGGGCCGGUGUGACGCCUGCGGAGGGUCACUGCGGGGAUGACCUCAAGAAUGACAAAAAGACAGCCGAAGCCAUGCCUCUCUGUAAGGAAGACAUGUCCACCUUUGGGCUGUUUCCCGGUCACGAUGACUUCUACUUGGUGGUUUGUAGCCACUGUGGACAGGUAGUGAAACCGCAGGCCUUUGAGAAACACUGCGAGAGAAGACACGGGCCACUUUCUAAAUUAUACGCUAAACUUCGCACCGUCACCUCGGGGUCCCAGCCUUCGAGACCGUCGCAAAACCACUCCCCGUCUCACGCGACCCCCACAGUCCCUGGGUCAACGUGGGAAAGUAGAAGCCAAGUAUCCGGGCCUCCUUCUCGCAAUACUCCUCCUUCACGCAAUACUCCUUCACCUGCAACUCCUCCACAGUACAGACACUCGAAGAGCCCCAAGGAUGCACCACGACACUCGCCUCUGGAGAAGGCGUCGCACAACAGCUACUCGGAGCCCAACGUGUUUAAAGCCCCUCCGGUCCUGGAGCCUCAGAUGAGCUCUCCGUCUGCGUCCCUCAAAGAUCCACCCUGGCCACACGGGGGGGGUCUGCCCUCUCGGCCAACGCCCAGCGACCGGCCCCCCACACCAAAGAAGGACGCUCUAGUGUCUUCUGUACCAGCACACCGCAUUCCCAGAGCCUAUAAUAAAGUGUCUUCUAAGAGAGAGUGUGACUUGGACAAACACUGUGGAGUCCUGGACCCCGAGAGAAAGAAAGUUUGCACUCGCCUUCUUACAUGCAACAUUCACUCGAUCCACCAGAGGAGGAAGGUGCAGGGCCGCAGUAAAAACUUUGAUCAGCUCGUGUCAGAGCUCAAAACCAAGGCUCGUGAAAAAGGCGUUGAAGGAGGAUCCUGUGCCAAAGGUUCACCCAGCCCAGAGGCCCCUAAAGACCAAGCUGGGUCUCCACACUGCAGGAGGCCCCUGGCAAACCACCCUGCGUUCAGGCAUCAACCAUUUUCUAGUGAGAAACCUGCAGAGGAAGCAGAAAUGCAGGAGGAGGUGUGUUCAGGGCCCCCCUCCCCAUUGGCCCCGGCAGAGCUGCCCAGUGAUGACAGCGAGGGAGAGUCGCCCGAAGAGCCUCCAGAGUUCCACUUCUCAGCUGCUCAUCCCAGACCACUCGCGAUGUGUUCUUUUGGGAGCCACGCCUUGGGUCACGGCACCUUUACGUUUGACCGAAGACUGCAUCACUUGAGGUCGGCCUUCAGCACCAUGAUCGAGCAUCACAUCAGCGCUCACCUGUGGAAAAAAAUACCUCAAGUAACAGACAUUCACUCUCCACCUUCGUCAACAAAGACCAGCGCAGCUUCUCCGUCUCAGUCUCUACAUUCCAAAGUGCGGACGGGGAGUCACAUCGGCUCCUCGUUAAAGAUGCCACCAUGCAUUCCUUUAUCCAGCCACGGGACGUCCAAACAGAGCUCCUCUCACUCGGACUGCCCCAGACCCGUCACUGAUCUGAACUCUACAGGGAAAUCUACGGGGACCAAGAACGUGAUGAGGCGUUCCACUAAACAGAUGCUGAAACUUCGACAAGAGGCCGUGAACGCAGCGGCCCUUCGGAAACGCAAAGCCCCCAGUCAGGACGGGGACCACUCUGGCCCCAACAGGAACUGCACCGCUCAGCCGGACCGCUACAUGCCCUCAUCCCAAACCGCAUCUUGUGGCUCUUCAGGGAGUCCCACCCCCUCUGGACCAGCGCACGGACAAACCAACGGCACCCAGUCCCCCGGCUCUAAACCCCGGUCCCACCCCUCUCCGACAGAACCCCAAUGGAGCCACAGACGAACUCAACCCAGUACAAUCUCCCCCGCCCCAUGUUCCGCUCCAAACAGCAACUCUCAAAGACGCGUGGCCCCAGGGGACUCGGGUUCACACGGCCACGCCACUGCCAGGAGCCUGGAACAUCACAACUUUCUGAAAAAACACAAAGGUGGUCCGACGGAAGAGUGGGCCCCGUCGUCCAAGUCCCCCGUUCCCCAGCACAGACUGCCAUCCUCUCCCGUCCCCCCCACUCCCUCUCGCUCCAGCUUCUACAGUUUAAAGGACGGGAAAACUGGAGCAAUGUCACGGGGCAUAGACAAGAAACUGGCUCCACAAAAGCCAAAAUUGCACCAUUAA